GAAAACGUCACAAGCAAACUGCGUUGAGAGGUAUAACUUAAACGCUGGUUGAAUAGACACACAUACCAUGCAGCCUGUGAUUAUUAUGUGUGUGGGUGUGGAAACCGGAGGGCAGGGUCUCGUCUGUGUUUUAAAAGUCUGUCCUCACAUACUCUGAGCUGGAUGUACCCAACAGACAUCAUGUUCUGCUUCUUCCUCCUGUGCUGUUAUCUGCCAAGUGCAGCGCGCUCAGAGCCACUGAGUCGUCACAAAAGAACUUGGAUCAUCGACUCCUUUUACAUUGAAGAGGGGAACCCAGGACCUUUUCCUUAUGUGCUGGGAACGGUCCAUAUUGAUCGGAGCUAUCGGACUUUCUUUGAGCUGUUUGGAGAAGGAGUAGAUGAGGAGCCGAUGGGGGUCCUCUCCAUCCAUAAAGAUACUGGUGAACUGUCGGUCCACAAGGCUGUGGACUAUGAGGAGAAGACACUGCUUAAGCUGAGAUUUCAGGCCAAAAAGAUGGACUUAUCAAUUGACACAAGAUUAGGAAUUGAGAUUUACAUACGGGACAUCAACGACAACCCGCCACUGUUUCAGAGGAAUCUGUAUGAAAUCACUGUUGGGGAGGAAAGUACACAAGGCUCCAAUCUCAUGACUGUGUUCGCUCAUGACAGAGACCAGAGGGGGUCACCAAACUCAACCUUCCACUACGUAAUCAAAUCUGUGUCUCCAAAGGUUCCAUACACUGAAUUCUUCGUUGAUAAGCUGGGAGGAAUUUCCUUUAAAGGAUGUUUGGAUCAUGAGGUGGCUGAGAUGUUUACAGUGCUGGUGGAGGCCAAAGACCACGGUGAAGUCAUCAGCUUGUCCAGUUCAACCACUGUAGUCAUUCAUGUCCAGGACGGCAACAACCACCUUCCUGUCAUCAGCGGUCAAACGGGCAUCAGCAAAGUGACAGAGCAUGAGACUGGAUCCUCUCCUCUGCGGCUGCAUGUGACGGACAAAGACACCACGAACAGUCUGGCAUGGAGGGCCAAAUACAGCAUACAUGGAGAUGAAGGAGAGCACUUCAGGGUGGAAACUGAUCCAGACACGAAUGAUGGAAUCCUGACUGUUGUAAAACCUUUAGACUUUGAGGCAGGCGCACAGAGACAGCUGUCGAUCUCGGUGGAGAACGAGGCGCCAUAUUUCUCCUGUACAGUGAAGGACAAGAUGUCCUCUGGUCUCUGGAAUGUUGAAACCAGUAAAGGCUAUAAUGGUGCGAUUCAGCCUCAUUCUGUAAAAGUCAUCAUCGAAGUGGAAGAUGCCAACGACCCCCCAGUGUUCAGUGUGACUGUCAAAGAGGCCAUGCUGGAGGAGAACGCCGCCGUUGGAACCUGGGUAGAGAAAAUGACCGCUGUGGAUCCAGACACCAGUCAUGCAAGUGCUUUUGUUUACAAGGUGGGACAUGACCCUGCCGGCUGGGUGACAGUGGAUCCUCACACAGGUGACAUCACUACAGUGAAGACACCCGACAGAGAAUCUCCUCAUGUUGUUAACGGCCUCUACACGGUCUUACUGCAUGCUGUUGAUAAAGGUGAGCCACCUCAGACAGGCACAGCUACACUGCAGAUCCACGUGACCGACCAGAAUGACAACGUGCCACAGCCAACAGUGGACUAUGUGGACAUUUGUAUGUCUGAUGGCCCCACGACAACCAACGUCACAGCCUUUGAUCCGGAUGGAAAUCCCUUUGGAGGGCCUUUCACAUUUGAACUGUUGGGGAAUGUCAAUGGAAAAUGGAAACUGAAUCCUGCAUAUGGUUUCACAGCCGGCCUGGUGAAGGAGUCCGAUGUGUACGCUGGUCCACACUCAGUCGAUCUGAAGAUCUCUGACAUGCAGGGACAGUUUGGUGUUUACAACCUCAGUGUGACCGUCUGCGACUGUACUGUGAUACCAAACUGCCAAAGUCGCCGAGACACUGCAAUGAAAGCUGCCUCUGGAGCUUUAGGCGUAGUGUUCGCCUCACUGUUUUUACUUUUAUUUAUGCUGCUGAUGGCAAUCUUCAUCUCCUGCAAAAGAGAGUUCAAAACUUUGCCAGACGAGGAUUUCUCCAAUGAUACCCUCCUCGCUUCAAACACCGAGAGACCAGGAACAGACUGCAAGGUGCCUGACAGUGUCCUCACGGUGUCUCCUGAAAAGAAACAUCACAGAACUACUAUGUGGCAAAGUCAACACGAUGGGAUGCAAAACACACAAUUUUCAGCAAAGCAGAAUCAUGUGGUGCAAAACGUCAUCUACAAUCACAAGAGGGACGAUUUUUCCUACCUAUUCAGUGAAAAUCAGAACCAGUCUCAGAUGACCUGGAAUGCUCUCGUUGCCAAUGGCCACAGCCACUCCCACCAGUUUGAAGACAGGAGCACAAUAAAUUACCUCCACAAAAGGAGCCCUAGCUGUACAAUGGACACAGCAAUCCUCACCCUGCUUCACCGGAGGCUCUCCACUCUCCAGGAGACAGAAAAGGAUUUGUUGGACUAUAAGCCUCACCUCUAUGCAGAAGAAGGAGACUCCAACAGAGCCUCAGAUCUGGAGAGGAUUUACGUCGCUGACGAUGAUGCAUUUCAGAAAGCGCUGAAAGAUCUGGGCCCGAGGUUCAACCAACUGGCUUCCAUUUGCAAGCCACCACAAAUCUGAACAGCACUGGCCAAAGGCACCGUCUGGACAGCCUGCUCCACCAUGGGGACUCUUCUGGUUGGGCCGUGAAGUCCUGGCACUGAGGAAACAGGAACAAGUGCGGUGGAGCUCGAUUGUCUGCAAAUACAUGUCAGAAAACAGUAAAACUGCCAUUACUGAGCUCUCUCUCCUAGUGAUUAUUAUCUG